UUCUGAGGGAAUAAUUAAUUCCUUAGCAACUAAAUCAAUAAUUCUUUCCUUAGCAACUAAAUCAAACAUGAUGGGAAAUGUAUCACCAAAGGAUUUGCUCCUCUCUGCUGAUCUAUUAUAACAUGAAAACAUUUGGAAAUGUUUAACAUCACAGCAUAUAAUCAGUAUAAUUGAAUUCUGAAUGGUUUCAGAUGAGCUAUGGCAUGUCUAGUACUGGAGAGGUGUUUGUUUAAGCUUGGGAGAACCAGGUUUUGUUUAAUAUUGCUGUUUGACACAGGAUCUAUAUUGGAAAAUUCUCUGAUUAACCAGCUGCUGUACAGUUGGCAGGAAUAUGAACCUGCUCAAAUACUCUGUUUUGUGUUUUGCUAUGAUGACAUGCUACUGAGUCAAAUGUUUCUCACAUUGACUCCAUCAAAGCCUUAAUAAAUUACAUAUUGGCUCCCGAGUGGCGUAGCAGUUUAAAUCACAACCGGCUGUGAUUGGGAUUUCCAUAGGGCAGGUCACAAUUGGCCCAGCGUCGUCCGGGUUUGGUCGGUGUGUAGGCUGUCAUUGUAAAUAAGAAUUUGUUCUUAAUUGACUUGCCUAGUAAAAUAAACGUUAAAUAAAUAAAAUACAAAUAUGAAAUUCAUCACUUAGUCUAUGUACUUACACCCCAUCCUGUCACCCAAUAUAGGUUGGCUUUGUGUAAAUAGUUGUUUUGCUGAAAACUGUCACAGGGAUUGUUAUUGCAAAUUGCAAAGAUGUGAUUGCUUAUAGAAAAGGCUCCCAAAACCACAUUAAGCAACACUCUGAAGGUAGACCACUUUUUAAAGAAGAAAAACAUCCUGAUACAGUUUGAUUGACUACCAGGUCUCUCUUUCUCCUGCUGUGUGCUUUGUCCACCCGUCCCUUACCUGAAACAUAAUAGUAGAAAAGAGACUGAGUGACCUGAUUACAGCACAAUGGAUCUCAUUCUCUCUGACACACCGUCUUCCAGUAGUGUGCAACCGACACUGCCUUCAGUCGUUGGGCUGCAGCAAGCUGGUAUUAGAAACGUGAAAGUAUUUGACUUUUUCAAAUUCAGCAGAUGAUGUUGAAUCAGUGGACCACUUGAGGGAAAUGGAGCACAUGUCAGCUGCUGUACCAGCAGGUGGCCAGGGGAAAUCAAAGCUGAAGGAGAAGUCCAAGUCUACGCAGGUUAAUCCUUGACCUUUGUCUCUACAAAUUAGCAGUUUCAGGUUCCACUGAUAUGUGAGAGAUGAGCUUGCACAAUGCACCUUUCAAUAGAGGGGGCGAAAUCCUUCCAUUUAAGCAAGUUUAUCAGACCUUAUACCUUAUAGAUUUUCCUUUUUAAUAUUUAUUACAUACUGAAUGAUUAAUGAAAGAUAUUUUGAUAUUUCUGUUUACCGGUAGUCAAGCUUGCCAUUCAUUUGGAUUGUCAGCGUAUAGCUGGGUCUACAAAACAGAUUACCUGGGAUGUGUACAAAAUUCAAAUGUUCACGUCUGAAAACAAUCGAUAAACUUAGAUUUUGCAGUGGAAUGUUGACUCCUUUCAUCUGAUUCCAUUUGAUUUUAUGUAACAUUUAAAAGAAGAUGCUUUCCCUGAAGUGAACGAAUCAAAGACUCGAGGGCUGAAUGGCCAGAUAGGAUUUAAUGUUCCCUGCCAGCUACAAACCCAGACCUCAAUGAAUACCUCACCAAGUGUCUUUUGUAUGUAGUAUUGCUUUGAGCACUAUUCCUAGUCUUAACACUUGAGACAUUUGGCAAAUCAACUGAUUUUCUAUAGAUUUCUUCUAUAGAUUAAAAAAUAAUAAUAAUACUUCACUCACACGAAGAGCUAAUCUCAUAAGCUCUUAUCAGUAACAUCAGCACAUGGUUUCUCUUGAAAUAAUUAGCUGUGGCCAAUCAAAGAGUCCAUAGAAUCAGGCCACUGGACACCCUUGGGAGAGUUUUUGGCCCUUCCUCUUUUUGUUUGUUCCCCCAUGAUCCCACUAGACAUAUCUGGUUUACAUAUCUGGUUUCAUCUCAAAACAGAGCCCAUUGUUCCCUACAAUGAUAUUUAACACUACAACAAAACAAUAUGUCUUUUGUAAUGCCUCAGGACCUGGGAUUAUCUCCCAGUAAUGCAUUCUAUUAUAAAGCUGGAUGAGGCAGGCUGGCUGGGUCGGUCCAAGUGCUACCACAGGAGAGGGGGACGGGCUUCCCAGUCACUCACUAGCUGUUCUUCAGCCAGGACAGAGAGAGGGACAGAGAAAGGAGCAGAAAGAGUGCGAGGAGUGUAAGCAACGACGACUGACACUGAAGAUGGUGCUCCUGACUGCCAAAAUCAUGGAGAGGACUGCGCUCUUUGUGAUAUUCGGGGGUCUGGUCACUACUCUGGUCACCACCUUCAUUCCCCUGUGGAAGACCUUGAACUCAGAGCUGAACGAAGUGGAGAACUGGUACUCAGGCCUGUGGCAUAUCUGCAUCUUUGCCGAGGAAGUUGGGAUGCAAUGUAAAGCCUUUGAAUCCCUCAUGGCCCUGCCCAUGGACUUGCUGGCUUCCCGGGUGCUCAUGCUGGUGUCUGUGGGUACUGGGGCCCUAGCCGUGGUGGUGGCCUUCCCAGGCCUGGAGGGGGUGGAACUGGGCUCUGGGAGGCAGCAAGGGUUAAAGAGGGGCCUCCUCAUUGUCAGUGGGGUGCUGUCCUGGGUGUCGGGGCUCACAACACUGGCCCCCGUCUCCCUGGUGGCCUACGUGACCCUGGUGGAGUUCUGGGACGAGAACCUGCCUGACGUCGUUCCACGCUGGGAGUAUGGCGAGGCCAUGUUCUCCGGCUGGUUUGCGGGUCUCUUCCUGGUCAUUGGAGGCUCUCUUUUCUUUGUGGCUGUGUGCAUGGCGGAUCAUGACAGGCAGCAGCGAGUGGCCAGCCUCCCAAACACCCCCCAGGCGAAGCCAAGGAGUCAGUACUACUUAAAGACAGAGGUUUUAUAGUCUCAUUUUCACUUAAUGAAUGGUGGUAGCUAAGAAUGCCUAGUUUGAAGGAGAAUGAUAAAGUUGAAUUCAGACUGCGACUGCCUGGGCUUAUUUUGAAAUAUGAAAGGUCACAUUUGAAAUGUUUGAAAGAUAUAUUUGUAUAUUUCAAUAUUGUUGAACAUGGAUAAAGUGCUGUAUUUCUGAUAUAAAAGUGCAAUGAAAACCUUU